ACCAGUAGGGGGCAGUGAACGUUCCCAGGUGCCUGGACAGGAGCUUACAGUACCCCAUGCUCACAAGCGUGUGCUCCCAUAUUCCUCAGCGGAGACACAGUUGAGCGGUCUGGCUGUCACUGCGUAAGAAACAAGUUGCUGGAAAAGGCGGACUGGCUAACGCCGCUUGCGCUCUUCGGUUAGUGAAGCAUAAAAGGACGCAGGCUGAGCUGGAGAAGCGCGCAGCAGUAACUCGGAAAAAGCCAAGGACCAAGUCUCAUACUGAAAGAGGUGGACCUCGGCAGUGAAAGUGGACCAAACAUUAAAAACCGACUUGUAAGCAAUGCGCUGUCAGCAUGGCCAAAUGGUUCAAGGAACACCUGGGAUUCAAAACCACCAAAGCGGCACCUCCGGCUCCCCCGAAACCAGACUACAGGCACUGCCAUCCCGCUGUGCCAGGUACGCCGGGCUACCAGCAGCCCAGCUCGGGAGCCACCUCUCACUAUCCGAGCCCGGCACAACCGGACAUCCUAGCUGCGUACAAACUACAGAAAGAGCUGGAUUUCGAGGACCCCUACACUGGAGGAGGACACGUCUCCUUCGCAAGCGGCCAGACUUCACUGGGCUCGCCAGACGGAAAGUACUUAUCACCAAAACACCGACUUAUUAAGGUGGAAACCAUCGAGAAAGGCAACUCUAAUCCCACCAACGUAGUAACACCGUGUCCAUCGCCGUCUCCCGCGACUCUGAAAUCUCCCACUUCGCCUCCUGCGGAGCAGGAGAAGCUUAUCAUCCUGGAGGACUAUGCUGACCCCUUUGAUGCAGAGCAGGCUGGGGUGGGGGAAAACACCUCAGAGAAGGUGCCAGAGAAUGAUGGCUACAUGGAGCCAUAUGAGGCCCAGAAGAUGAUGGCAGAAAUCCGUGGUGGACGAGGCCCUAAGGAUGGACCACUUCGACAGCUGCCCCUGUACGACACACCCUAUGAGCCAACAGAGAAUGGCGGGGAGUCUGACCUGGAGCCCCCCCGGUGCCCCAGGGAGAGCCGACUGCCUCAGGAUGACGAGCGGCCCCCAGAAGAGUAUGACCAGCCCUGGGAAUGGAAGAAAGACCGCAUCUCCAAGGCCUUCGCAGUAGAGAUUAAUGUGAUCAAGGACCUGCCCUGGCCGCCCCCGGUCGGGCAGCUCAGCAGUGCCCCUCUGCUGGUGGAGGAGGUGGAAGCCCCACUUACACCUGCCCCAGCCCCAAACUCACCUGGACAGGCCACCUGUGACCAGCACCAUCCUGUGCAGUUUGAGGGCCUGGAGAAAUCGCGAAUGUCACCCACCAUGGAAGGCAAGGUGCGCCCUCCCCAGCGCCACUCCAGUGGUUGCCUGGUCAACACCAAACUGGGCUCAUUGGACCACUGCAGCCCCCCCUUGGGCGAGCGCAUCGAUCCCUCCAUGCCCCUUGAGAGCCAGUUCUGGUACCAUGGAGCCAUCAGUCGAGUAGAUGCCGAGUCACUGCUGCGACUGUGCAAGGAGGCCAGCUACCUGGUCAGGAACAGUGAGACCAGCAAGAAUGACUUCUCUCUCUCCCUCAAGAGCAGCCAGGGGUUCAUGCACAUGAAGCUGUCCCGAACCAAAGAGAACAAGUUCGUCCUGGGCCAGAACAGCUGCCCCUUCGACAGUGUUCCCGAGAUCAUCCACUUCUACUCAAGCCGCAAACUGCCCAUCAAAGGGGCAGAGCACAUGUCCCUGCUGUACCCUGUGGCCAUCAGAACGCUAUAGUGCAGGUCCAGUCCAGUGAUCGACUGGGCCAAAUGUCCCCAAUAUCAUUCUUUUUCCCUUCUUUUUUUUUCACGGCUGAACUACAUCAUCAGAAAACCAGGAAGGGGCCAGGACAGAAUUCAAGAUGGUCUGAUAAUCACGUCAUCAAGUCGGGGCUCAAAUCCAGCUUCUUGUUAGAUCAACAUGGGACCACGAAUUUCUGCUUUGACUCAUUCCACGAUAUGAUGAACACAAUGGUCCCUUCUCUGACCUAAGCUGUGCCAACCGUCUAAAGACUUUACUGACAUGUUACAUCACUGACCUUAGACCUGCACUGUUAAACCUAAAGGAGUGAGGUUAGAUAAGUAUCUGCUGUGAGAGCGCCAUCUCCUGGACCUUCCCACUUUCUCUUCUUCUGUCUUGCAAAGCAAAGAAUUCCAUAACGGAGAGAACAGAAGCAGGGACUUGUAAAGUCAAUCUGACUGCCUGCAUCUUAGGUAUUCUGUUUUCUAUGACUUACAUGAAUGUCAGUGAUUGUGAAGAACAGAGCAGCUUUAGAUGAUGAUCCUCCUCACGCUGCCUGUGUAGGCUGGGCCAACAGGGGCCCUAUCACCUAUUAUGAAUUUAUUACAUUUGUUGUUUCAACAAAUGUUUAAUUUCCGCUAAUUGCCUUUUGUCAUGUGCGCACAUAAUGAAAUAUACAUUUCAUUUUUAAAAGAAAGGCAUGACAUUGAAAUAACUUAUGUUCCCUUUGGUUAGCUAGAAUUUGUGGCCCAGAAGAAGAUCCCCAAUGCAGUCAUGUAUUUUACCAGAGCAUACGUGCGGUUCUUUUUAGUUUACAGUUAAUACCUUCAGCUAAAGAUACUCCGCUGUACUGCAAUAGGGUUUAUGUAAGGCUUCAUGGGAACCUGUGUCCAGCAUCUGCCCAACCAGCCUUGUAAUUUCCCUAUCGGGCUGUCUCCCCACCUCUGUCUUGUGCUUCAUUCUCAAGCUAUGAAGCUCACGGUGGCACAGAUAGCAACCUUUCCUGUCUAUAAUCAGUUUACUUUAAAUAUUCCUAAAAUAGGUCAGUUUGAAGUAAGAGGGUGGCAUUUUCUUGCAUUGUCUACCUCAAAAAAAAAAAAUUACCCCUUUUGAUCAACAGGUAUCACAAGGUUUCAAGAAUUGACUUUCUAACCUUUUGUAAUUGUAAAUUAAUCGAAUUAACUUUAUCUACUGGCAUUGCUCUAUGUAGUCAGUCCUGAAAACUUCUAUGCCAGUAAUAAUAACAUUGCAUGGGUAAAAUUACUAUAAUAUAUUCACAGAUUUGAGUUUUCUGUGUGUGAGAACUUCUGGCUAUUACAUCACAGAGGCCACCUCUGCCGUCUCACUGUACUGUACUUUGCCAUGAUUUUUAGAAAGAGCUUGAAAGCCUUACCCACAUCCAUUUUACAGCCUUUCAAUUUCCCUCCCUUCUUAGUGUCCUGUCUUUAAUCCUCUUUGACUCUAGACAUAACCUCCUGCUGACUGGAUUAUCUCAGAAUCACAUAUGCACCACUUAUCUCACUAAAACACUUGCUCUCUGACCUACAUUUGAGUUCUUGCCCGCUAACUCGUCUCUAGUGGAUCUCUGAUAGCCUUAUUCACUUGAUAUCAACCGUAACACCCUCUCACCUACACAGCAAACUUAUUUUUUCUUUAUUACUGCAAAAUUACCCUAUUUCAGUGACAUGGCUCAAUGCCAGUGAGCCUUUUCCUUGACAGUAUAAUUUACUUUGCCUUUUUUUUGCCCUGAGCGCGCUCUCUCUCUCUCUCUCUCUCUCUCUCCCCCUCUCCCCCCUUCCCGGUGUCUCAAAGCUAAACUAUCCAACCUCAGCUACUAAAGAUACAGAGGGGCCUCAGUGAACUUAAGACUUUUCACAUGAUUAGAUGAUCACAAGCUCCAAAGUAUUUUCAGGGAAUGUAUUUUGACUUGGCAUACUGUGUCUGUAGACAGCUACUGAGGGACUAGGCACUAAUUUUCUGGGCAUUCUGAGGUACUCUUUCCCCCCCCCAGAUUUCAGAAAGAAAUUUAGGACAAGAAACUGGAAUAAUGCUAACGAGUGCUGUCCUGACCAGAUCUGAACUGAAACUGUACUUAACCUCGGAUGUUUUUCUGCCUGUGAGUCCAUUGCUCCAUAAUGUGUUUUAAAAAUGCUGAAUGUGGUAUGAUGGGUGCGGACUGAAAUGUAUUUGUGAAGCGGGACACACAGUGCCACUUCAGGAAGGGGACGACUGUCAUUCAGAAUCUGUCCUGUUCCUAGAAAACCAUCCAUGCGUUACGUGAAGUAUUGUUGGUAGGGUACCCUCCUUGCUUCCAAACCAUGUGCCCCUUACUGCUUGCUUGUUUGUGUGUAAUGCCCUCCUACACAUGUGCACUAAUGUAACACAUCCAUGUGUCCCACCUCGCCAAAUGUAUAUAACUGAAUGUAUUGUAAUGGGUUCAUGGCAAGAUGCAAUGAUUAUGGAAAAUAAAAUAUAGAUUAUGAAUCAAA